UUUCACAUAAAUCACUUUCAUUGUAAACGCGCACCAGAGCAAACGUGAAAGAAAAACUUUGCAAUUGAAAUAAGAAAUUAAUUUGGAAUAUUUAAUAUGGAGUCAAUCGUAAAGCAAAAUGGUAAUAGUAGCGAGUCAAAAGUGGCGUUGAUAACUGGAAUAACAGGACAAGAUGGUUCGUAUUUGGCCGAAUUUCUGUUGAAUAAGGGUUAUACUGUUCAUGGCAUAAUACGACGAUCAUCUUCAUUUAAUACCGGUCGCAUAGCGCACUUGUAUGCCGAUCCGAGUAGCCAUCAAGGCGGAAAGAUGACGUUGCAUUAUGGUGAUAUGACUGAUAGCAGCAGUUUGGUCAAAGUGAUAGCGGCGGCUCGUCCAACCGAAAUAUACAACUUGGCUGCCCAAAGUCAUGUAAAGGUGUCAUUUGAACUCAGUGAGUACACCGCCGAAGUUGAUGCCGUUGGAACGUAUCGUUUGCUUGAUGCAAUUCGCACGUGUGGACUAGAGAAACAGGUGAAAUUUUAUCAAGCCAGCACCUCCGAGCUGUAUGGAAAAGUGGCUGAAACACCUCAAACCGAAAAAACUCCAUUUUAUCCCCGAUCGCCUUAUGCUUGUGCCAAAAUCUGUGCCUAUUGGGUUGUGAUUAACUAUCGCGAAGCAUACCAAAUGUUUGCGUGUAACGGAAUUUUAUUUAAUCAUGAGUCACCACGACGCGGUGAAAAUUUUGUAACCCGGAAAAUAACACGUUCGAUUGCCAAAAUAUUUUUGAAUCAAAUGGAUUGCUUUGAAUUGGGAAAUUUGGACUCGAAACGUGAUUGGGGGCAUGCAAAAGACUAUGUCGAGGCGAUGUGGUUGAUGCUACAGCAAAAAGAACCGCAAGAUUUCGUUGUGGCUACUGGCGAAACGCAUAGUGUACGCGAAUUUGUAGAAACUGCAUUUGAUGUAAUUGGCCGUAAGAUUGUGUGGCGAGGAGAAGGCGUUAAUGAACUAGGUAUUGAGGCCGGCACGGACAUCGUACGCGUUAAAAUCAAUCCGAAAUAUUUUCGACCGACUGAAGUUGAUCUUUUGCUUGGAGAUCCAUCAAAAGCACAACGUGAAUUGGGUUGGAAACGAAAAGUAUCAUUUUUACAACUGGUUGAAGACAUGAUCAGUUCAGAUAUAAAAUUGAUGCGAACCAACCCUCACGCAUAAUGACGAUUUGUUAAAUUUUCUGAAGAUUUUUGAAAGUGUUGACAUCGGACAGGAUGACUUAAGGAAGCAAAUAUCCCAAUCUUGUGUUAUAUUUUUUUUUUAAUUUUAAACGGUCUUUCAAUCUGUGUUGCUGAAUAACAAUUUUAUGUAUUACGUCAAAAAAUUGAAAUUCUAAAUGAUUAAGGUAAAAACGACUCAUAUGUUUGCUGUACAACGUUUGCAUACAUCUGUGUUCUAAAUAUAGUUUCCAAAUAACAGCACUCUCAAUUUAUGCACUAUAUCGAUGCCGCAAUAAUAAUUGAACCAAAUAUUGACAAAACAGCAUUGAUUCAAGAUUUAUUUAGGUGUUCAUCUAAAUUUUAUAAAGUGCAUUGACUUAACUAAUGUUAUAUUUUGUGCCUCUUAUUCUGAAAAUGUUCUACUUAUAUGAAUUUAAUAAUAAUAAAAUUAUUUUAUGAUAUCGAA